CUUGAAUACGUCAUCGAUGAUCCAGAGACGUUGAAUUUCUCGAUCACUUACCUAAUUCGGCCGCUUCUCCAGACGUCAGCGAUGAUGCCUCCCAUUUUCUUUGUUCUUCUCCGCCAUGAACGCGGGCGCCGGCCUUUCUCCAGUUCUCACGUGGGGAUUCACUAUAAGUACCCGAUUGGACGGCAUUGUUGCAAAAGGAGAUAAUUUCUUUGAUUCCGAUUUCUCAGAGAAGUAAACGAUUGAAACAGCGAAGAAACAGGAGAAGAACAAGAAGAAAAAGAAUACGACAAUGGCAGCAAAACCAUCAGCGAUUCCCCUUCUCGCCCCAUACAAGAUGGGAAAGUUCGAUCUUUCUCAUAGAAUUGUCCUUGCACCAUUGACAAGACAGAGAUCUUAUGGAAAUGUCCCACAGCCACAUGCCAUCUUGUAUUACUCCCAGAGGACAACCAAAGGUGGUCUUCUGAUAGCUGAAGCUACUGGAGUAUCUGACACUGCACAAGGGUAUAAAGAUGCCCCUGGAAUCUGGACCAAAGAGCAAGUUGAGGCAUGGAAACCAAUUGUGGAUGCUGUUCAUGCCAAGGGUGGCAUAUUUUUCCUUCAGAUUUGGCACGUUGGGAGGGUUUCAAAUUCAGGUUUUCAGCCAAAUGGGCAGGCGCCAAUCUCGUCUAGUGACAAGCCAUUGACCCCUCAGCGUCGCGCAAAUGGCAUUGAUGUUGCACAAUUCACACCCCCAAGACGAUUGCGCACAGAUGAGAUCCCUCAAAUUGUCAAUGACUUCAGAAUUGCUGCAAAGAAUGCAAUGGAAGCAGGCUUUGACGGAGUGGAGAUACACGGUGCUCAUGGUUAUCUCAUCGACCAAUUCCUGAAAGACCAAGUGAACGAUAGAACCGACCAAUAUGGCGGGUCUCUAGAGAACCGUUGUAGGUUUGCUCUAGAGAUAGUCGAAGCUAUAAGCAAUGAGAUUGGAGCAGACAGAGUUGGAAUCAGAUUGUCUCCAUUUGCAAACUAUGGUGAAUGUGGCGACUCGAACCCAGAAGCUUUAGGCCUAUACAUGGCUGAGUCCUUGAACAAAUAUGGGAUUGCCUACUGUCACAUGGUUGAGCCCAGAAUGAAGACGGUGGCUGAAAAAGUUGAAACUCCUCAGAGUCUCCUCCCCAUGAGACAAGCUUUCAAGGGCACUUUCGUUGCUGCUGGAGGUUUUGGCAGGGAAGAUGGGAACAAAGCUGUGGAAGAGGAUCGUGCUGACUUAGUGGCUUAUGGUCGUCUGUUCUUGGCUAAUCCUGAUCUACCGAGGAGAUUUGAGCUCAAUGCGCCUCUCAACAAGUACAACAGGGACACGUUCUACAUUUCUGAUCCUGUUAUAGGGUACACUGACUACCCUUUCUUGGAUUCACAUCAUUAGUUGUCAGUGAUUUGUUUUUCAUUUCCAUUUGUUUAGAAUUGGGUUUGGGUCAGAAGUCAGAUAAAGAGAGGGAUUCUUCCUUACCAUAUGGUUCAUUCUACAGAUUUCAUUUCAGUUUAUUGGCUUAUAAAGUUAAAAUGAUUUGGAAUCUUCGAGUUCAAAUUGACUUAUUGUAGAAGUUAGCUCCCCCUCCACGUAAGCUUUCCUGAAAAAUGUUCACUUCAGCCAGAAAAAGCCUCUUCCAUCCGUUCUCUUCAUCGACUCUACCUCCAUCCUGCAUGUCACUCGUCUCCUUGAUUCCCACCAUUCUCCCCGGCAGACGCCUUCUCAACUCGAACUUACUUUUCAUCCCCGUGCAGCAACAGCCAACUCUAUACAAUUACAUCCCACCAAUCUGUCUCUGUGCAAAUUUGUCAUGAAGUAAAUUUUUCAAUGAGACAAGCCUGGUGACAACUUCACCGAUACUGAUUCUCUCAUUUGGGGAGUCUGAAGAACAAACGACACCUAUUUCGAGAAUGGAGAUCAGAACCUCCUCUAGUAUUUGGCCCUUCUUCUUCUUAGUUUCCUGUGUGUUGCUGCUGCUAAUGGCAUCAAAAGGGGUUGCUUGACCAAGAGGUAGCUCAUUGAUUAGAACAGGAUCCAGAACUUGUGCCAUUAGCUUCUCUGAUAGAGCAGUUCUAACAAAUGUAUGAAUGUUCAGACCUUCUUUGAAAAUCUCAUCGGUUGGUCUCUUUCCAGUGAAAACCUCACAUAAGAGUACUCCAUAGCUGUAGACAUCACCUUGUUUUGAGACUUCAUUUCCCAUACCGUAUUCUGUAGGAGCAUAGCCAAUUGUUCCUUUUAUGCCAAUGGUGCUUGACAUCUGGCCUAUCGAAGAGGGAUCUCCAGUGGGUUGUAGGAAUCUUGCCAACCCAAAAUCGUUAACAUGACCAGUCAUGUCUUCAUUGAGAAGCACAUUGCUCGGUUUGAGAUCGCAAUGAACUAUAGGGGUUCCGCAUUGGUGGUGAAUAUAAUCUACUGCAGUAGCUACAUCAAUGACAACAUUCAGCCUUUGGAGGAAAUUCAAGCUCCUUAGAGGCUCGUUUCCAUCUGCAACUGGAUGCAACCAAUCUUCGAGGCUACCAUUGGCCAAGUACUCAUAUACGAGAGCCUUGAAGUCAUUCAUUUGAUCAUCGAUACCUGAACACACUGUUAGUAUUCUCACAAGAUUUUUGUGCCUGAUGUUCUUCAAUGCUGCACAUUCUGCCAUGAAGCUCUUGGAACCUCCACGACGUUGUAGGUUAAACACUUUCACUGCGACGGUGGUUUCAAUCCCAUUCUUGUCCAGGAGUCCCUUAUACACAGAACCAAAGCUGCCCACACCAAUCAAAUUUGCUCCAGAAAACCCAUUUGUAGCUUUAUGAAGGUCACGGUAAGACAAUGGGAGCUGUGAAUCAUCAGCAGAAACUGUAUCUUGUUUUCCUCUCUUUUUGUUCCAAAAGAUAAGCAACCAAGAACCCACGAAUGCCAGCAAUAAUACACUGGAGACUGUCGAUAUGACAAUCUUGAUGAUCAACUUAUGGCUGAAUGCAUUCUUUUUCUGCUUGAAG